GCGUUCCACGGUGAUCGACCAGAACCGCGACGGCAUCAUCGACAAGGAUGACCUCAGGGAGACCUUCGCCGCCAUGGGCCGGCUGAACGAGAACGAGGAGCUGGACGCGAUGAUCAAAGAGGCCUCGGGCCCGAUCAACUUCACCGUGUUCCUCACCAUGUUCGGGGAGAAGCUCAAGGGGGCGGACCCCGAGGACGUCAUCAUGGGCGCGUUCAAGGUGCUGGACCCGGACGGGAAAGGCUCCAUCAAGAAGAGCUUCCUGGAGGAGCUGCUGACGACGCAGUGCGACCGCUUCACCCCCGAGGAGAUCAAGAACAUGUGGGCCGCCUUCCCGCCGGACGUGGCCGGCAACGUGGACUACAAGAACAUUUGUUACGUCAUCACCCACGGCGAGGACAAGGAGGGGGAGUAGGGACCCCGAAAAUCCGGGAAUUCGCCCCAAAAAAUCCGGGAAUAAACCUGAAAAAAUGUGGGAAUUUA